GGCGGCACCGCGCGGGGCCGGGUGGGGGCGAGGGUGUUUUGGCGGCAGCUGAGGAGGAAGCGCGGUGGGGACGGCUCCGUCGGCGGGCGGAGGCGAAGCCGGGGUAGCGCAGGCUUGAGCGGGGCCGAGCCCGGGCACCUUCCCCGGCGGGUGGGGGACGAGCGGCGCCCGGCGUCAUCGCGGCGAGGAGCCGCCGCGGCCUGGUCUGCCAUGUCGGAAGCAGGAGAGGAGCAGCCCAUGGAGACGACGGCCGCCGCCACCGAGAACGGACACGAGGCCGCCCCUGAAGGCGAGUCCCCGUCCUCCGGGGGGGCCGGCCCCGAAGCGGCGGCCGCGGGGUCCGGAGGUGGGGCGGCGGCGGCCCCGAGCGGGAAUCAGAACGGGGCCGAGGGCGACCAGAUCAACGCCAGCAAGAACGAAGAGGACGCGGGAAAAAUGUUCGUUGGUGGUUUGAGCUGGGAUACCAGCAAAAAAGAUUUAAAGGACUAUUUUACUAAGUUUGGAGAAGUCGUUGACUGUACAAUAAAAAUGGAUCCGAACACUGGACGGUCAAGAGGGUUUGGGUUUAUUCUCUUCAAAGAUGCUGCCAGUGUGGAGAAGGUCCUAGACCAGAAGGAGCACAGGUUGGAUGGCCGAGUCAUUGACCCUAAGAAAGCUAUGGCUAUGAAGAAGGACCCUGUGAAGAAAAUCUUUGUAGGGGGUCUGAAUCCUGAAGCUACAGAGGAAAAAAUCAGGGAAUACUUUGGCGAGUUUGGAAAGAUUGAGGCUGUUGAACUCCCAAUGGAUCCUAAGUUGAACAAAAGAAGAGGUUUUGUUUUUAUCACUUUCAAAGAGGAAGACCCUGUGAAAAAGGUUCUGGAGAAAAAGUUCCAUACUAUCAGUGGAAGCAAGUGUGAAAUCAAGGUGGCUCAGCCCAAAGAGGUGUAUCAGCAGCAGCAGUAUGGCUCUGGGGGCCGUGGGAACCGAAACAGAGGGAACCGAGGCAGUGGCGGAGGUCAGAGUCAGAGUUGGAAUCAGGGCUACGGCAACUACUGGAACCAGGGCUACGGCUACCAGCAAGGCUACGCUGGUAGCUACGGGCCCAGCUAUGGCGGCUACGACUACUCGCCCUAUGGCUAUUACGGCUACGGCCCCGGCUACGACUACAGUCAGGGUAGUACAAAUUACGGGAAGAGCCAGCGACGUGGUGGCCAUCAGAAUAACUACAAGCCAUACUGAGGCAACAGCAGGAGCGGCCAACUGACGCCCGCACACGCUUUGUUUGGAUAUGGAGUGAACACAAUUAUGUACCAAAUUUAACUUGGCAAACUUUCUAUGGCCUGUCCCAUGUGCAUCUUAUUUAAAAUUCCCCCCUUGGAAAUCAACUCUCCUGUUUACUAUUUCCAGAGCUCUAGUUGUUUUAGGCAGCGUGUGAUGUCUCAGGCCAGAGCGGCAUUAGGGGCUUUUAUUACCAGGUUACCCAGAACCAGAUUGGAGGGUCUGCUUCCUUUGGCUGCCUUGCAGCCUGGACCUGCGGACCCUGGUUGUAAAGAGUAAACUGCAUUUUAGGAAACCAGUGUCACCUUUUAAUUUUAUAUUAUUUGUGUCAUACAUUUCCUGUAAUGGAAGUGUUAAUUUUACUGUACUUUUUGGUACCUUUUGGGAAUCUAAUGUAUUGUAAGGUAUUUUACACGUGUCCUGAUUUUGCCACGACCUGGAUAUUGAAGCUAUCCAAGCUUUUGAAAUAAAAUUUAAAAACCCUUACUAA